UCAUCAAUAUUUCAUCGGCGUCAAUAAGAGGCAGCAGUGGGGACAGCGGCUGCAGCAGCACUCGCGCCAGCUCCAGCCACAGCUUGCAGGGAGAGUCAGGUGUCCGUUCCUGCCACCACCAUGGAUGUCUUCAAGAAGGGCUUCUCCAUCGCCAAGGAGGGUGUGGUGGGUGCUGUGGAGAAGACCAAGCAGGGGGUGACGGAAGCAGCUGAGAAGACGAAGGAGGGUGUCAUGUAUGUGGGAGCCAAGACCAAGGAGGGUGUUGUGCAGAGCGUGACCUCAGUGGCUGAGAAAACCAAGGAGCAGGCCAAUGCCGUGAGUGAGGCCGUGGUCACCAGUGUCAACACCGUGGCCACCAAGACCGUGGAGGAGGUGGAGAACAUCGCGGUCACCUCAGGAGUGGUGCACAAGGAGGAAACGAAGCAGCCUGCCCCCCCACAGGAGGAUGAGGCAGCCAAAGUGGAAGAGGAAGCAACUGAAGAGGCCAAGAGUGGGGGAGACUAGAGGACUGCAACACCCCUCAGCCUGGACCUCAUCCCCUCCUGGCACAGGAGUGCCUGGUCCUGGACUGUGACCUUUGGGGUCUCCCAUGCUUCCAUGCUGCACCCAGCCACCACAUGCCUGUCCUCUCUUGCUGCCACUUUCAUCUCUCUCCCUUGACCCCUCCCAGCCUCUGGUCCUUCUCACCCCACAGAUGCUGCUGUGAAUUUUUUUUUUUUAAUGAUUUCAAAUAAAACUCAAGUCCCCACCCCGGU